UUAUUUUGGUGUCCUGUUUGAAUUUAAUGAUGAAGCCGUUUGUCAUUAGUGUGUCCUGAAGAAGUGAUUUGACAAUAUUGUUGUUAUGCUUCACUUUGUGGCUUUGAGAUCAAUUUAAAAACUUAGUUGCUUUUUGUUUCGUGUAAUGUGUGGCAAUGUGUAUGAUCAAGGUGUAAUAAUGGCUGGACAUCAAGAAAUGUUUGCUCAAAUUAUUUUUUAGUGAACGUCCUGCACAGUACGUACACUGCUCACAUUAGGAAAGGAAUGCAAGGAAGGAAGGAAGGGGUUCUACUUGUGACUUAGUAUUGCAAUGUAUUAAUUGAUUGUGAUAGUUUAUUUUACGUCAAACAAAUUAUUUAAUUUGAGAAAAAGUAGAUUUGUUAGUUAAAGUUCAUUUUGGUGUUACAACUUAGGGACUGAACAAGUGAAUCCAAUGGCAACAAUGGAGAUGAAUGUUGGUCCUGAAGGUGGGCGCUACCACUCAGGCAGUCUGUCUGUUUUGAUUCCUGACGGUGCCGUGAGUGAACGAGUCAACAUAAAAAUGUAUCUAUAUGUCGAUGAAAGGCUAAUGCCACCAUCUAGCAAAGUCACUGAUGAAUACGUUUUGAGUCCUCUGUUUGUCUUUGAACUUCAUGGAUUAACAUUUUCCACACAUGUGCAAGUGCAUUGUCCUCCUCUAGUUGAUUCUAGAGGAUGGCGUUUGUCACUGAUGAGAGCUAUGUGUGAUAUUUCUGCUUCAUCUCAAUUGUGGCAGUCAGAAGUCAUAGUAACGAUUACCUCUGAUGUAAACCAAGUGAAUGUGGAAGAUAGUGAUAGUGAGUAUGAUCUUGCCAGCGGUACAUUGAGCAUAAAACAGUUCUGUUGGUUUUGUUAUCAGCCAAGAUCUUUAUUAAAUAUUUGGAAUCUCAAUAUGCAUUGUCACGAUAAUUGUCAUGAGCUUAUUGAGCAAAGGAAGCGUGAUGAGAACGGUCUCUCACCUAAGCGCCAUUUGUUGUGUCUAAAGGAAGAAAUGAAAGUGAAGUUUGAAGGCAAUAUUGAAUUUAGUAUUACACGUGGUGAUUGGAAAGCUUUGUCACAGCUAUCGGGUGCUCAGCCUGUAGCUGCUGUUGAGUUUUGGAACAAAUGGAUAUGUUUGGACAAGAAAUUUCAAAUAACUGUGGAGUUUGAGCAUGUUACUGACCACCGUUCAAACAGAUGUUGUGUGGAUAUUACACAGGGUGGAUCCGAUACGCCUUAUGGAGAUCGUAAACCAUCAGACUCUGCAAGUGCAGCACACUUUAGUAAAAUGCCUCAAACAUCUCUACUGCCAAUACUCGAAGAUCGAGCUUUAGAAGGGCGAUACAGUGAUGCACUUCAGGCUUUGCGUUUACAAGGAUGUGCCUCUCAUGCUAGCAGUGAAACUCUGGAGGAGUCACUGUGGACUAGCUCUCAGGAGGUUGUUUCUGCAUUGGAAGCAUUUCCCAAAGGUUCGAGUCCUGGUUAUUCUCAUCUUUGA